UGACCAGGCUGCAGCCCAAAGUGGGACACUCGGACUGAGCUGGUCCGAACAAACAGGCUCUGCGAAGAUCUGCAUUCUGAGAAUCCUGAGCGGGCCAUGAAGGCAGCACUGGUUCUGCUGGGCCUCGUCCUGCUGCUGGACGCCACCUUCGCCGCAGAGAAGUCCUGCGUGGGCCGCUGUGGCUCCUUCGACCCACGGAGCAAAUGUCAGUGUGACUCCAUGUGUGUGUACUAUGGAAGCUGCUGCGGAGACUUUGACACCGUCUGCCCCAAAAAAAUUCGUGGCGAUACGUUUGAAGCGCCGGAAGGAACCGAGGCGACCUUCACCACUCUCCCACCUACUGUCAGCACAGUUGUAGCUGCGCCCCCGCCCUCGAACGCCACGCAGCGCCCCACGGCAGCGGGAGGCGCCCACGCAGCCGGCGCAGCCGACGCAGCCGCCUGCAGCGGCCGGCCGUUCGAUGCAUUCCUGCAGCUGAAGAACGGCUCGAUCUUUGCAUUCAGAGGUGAAUAUGUUUUUGAGCUGGACGACACGUCCGUGCUUCCUGGUUACCCUAAACUCAUCCGGGACGUGUGGGGAAUCAACGGACCCAUUGAUGCUGCGUUCACUCGCAUUAACUGCCAGGGAAAAUCCUACAUCUUCAAGGGGACAAAGUACUGGCGGUUUGAGGGCGAUGUCCUGGAUGAGGACUACCCACGAGAGAUUUCAGCUGGAUUUGAAAACAUCCCCGAUAACAUUGACGCUGCGUUCGCCGUCCCGGCUGCAAAUCAUCAGGGCAGAGAGAGAGCGUAUUUCUUCAAAGGGAACCAGUAUUACCAGUACGAGUUCAAGCAACAGCCGACCCACGAGGAGUGUGUGACCAUGAGCCGGUCCUCCCCAUCGGUGCUGUUCACACAUUACACCGACCUGUUCUGCGACCAGACGCUGGAGGAGCUGUUCGCAGAGCUUUUUGGGAGCCCAGUGAGCAGUGACCCCACGGGGCCACGUUUGGUCAGUCGGGACUGGCACGGCAUCAGGGCCCCGGUGGACGCCGCCCUGGUGGGACGGGUCCACCUCACCCCCAAACCCACACCUCCUCCCGCUCCGUCCAGGAGCAAGUGGAGCAGGAAGAGGAAGCCGAGCAGGAAGCGUGGACACCGGCGAAGGCAGAGGCGCUUCGUGCUUCUUGAUGACAUCUGGGGCUAUGAUGACUGGUUUGACUACAGUGAGGAGAGCACCAUCCCUGAGAGCAACACGCAGGAACUUAAAAGCACCCCUGUUCAGAAUGUGUAUUUCUUUAAAAGAGACAAAUACUACAGAGCCGAUCUGCAAUCCAAGCGCGUGUCUUCUGUCAACCCUCCCUACCCACGAUCCAUUGCAAAGUACUGGCUGGGCUGCGAGCAGGAGGACACUCCUGAUACAUCAAGAGCAGAGAAGAAGUAGGCUGUAGAUGAGCAGAUGGAGCUGCACAUGACCAGGAAACAGGUCAAGUCUGUGUUUUAACCCAUCACUUCUGCCAAAAUAGUGAGCUGUUGUAAAACAAGCUGUGGUCCUGUAUUCUUUAAUAAACCUUACAUUUCAA